AUGGAUCCUCCGGCCGAGGAGCCUAUCGAUGAGACUCCGCUAGAUUCGGGAGAGUCUGCACCCAAGCCAGAAGAUGACUACGAGACGCUGAAAUAUUCCCUAUUGGGACCCUCUCUGACCAAGGCGGGUCAGGACGCCGUCGACCAGCGCAAGGUAUCGGAAAUUAUCUACAAUGCGUCCAAAGGGUCCAAGUUCUUCAACCACGAACAGACCCGCGAUCGGGUUCUCACGGAGAAGAUCGACCGCAUCCUGAAAGAAAAAGCACGUCUGGAGAACCAUGAUCUCUCGCAUGAUCUGCGACGAGCCGAUCAGGUGCUCGCCGAGCUGGAAUUGACCCGCGAUCUGACGCAGUAUGUCGUGCACGUCGACUGCGAUGCCUUCUUCGCAGCUGUGGAGGAGUUGGAUCGCCCCGAACUUAAAACCGUGCCGAUGGCCGUCGGCAAAGGCGUCCUGACGACGUGUAAUUACGAAGCGCGCAAGUUUGGCGUGCGCAGUGGCAUGGCGUCGUUCGUGGCCCAGAAGCUGUGUCCGCAGCUGGUCUUGCUGCCGCAGAACUACGAGAAGUACGGCGCCAAAGCCAAGGAAAUCCGGGCCAUUUUCGCCCAGUAUGAUCCGCUGUUCGAGAGUGCUAGUAUUGACGAAGCGUACCUGAACAUCACGGCGUAUUGCAACGAGAACCAGCAAGACCCCGAAGAAGUGGUGGACCGCAUGAGGGCCGAGGUUCUCGAGAACACCAAAGUGUCGGUGUCCGCGGGCAUUGCAGCGAACGCCAAAAUCGCCAAGAUCUGCUCCAAUCGCAACAAACCCAAUGGGCAGUUCCGGGUCCCCAACGACCGAGCGACCGUCAUGGAGUUCAUGAAGGAGCUGCCGGUGCGCAAAGUCAACGGCGUCGGGCGCGUGUUCGAGCGGGAACUCGACGCGAUCGGCAUCAAGACCUGCGGUGACAUCUACCCCCAGCGUGCGCUGUUGACCAAGCUUUUCGGAGAAAAGGCGUUCCACUUCCUGGCGCAGUGCUAUCUCGGGCUGGGAAGAACGAAAAUCCAACCGGUGGAGAAUUACGAACGCAAGAGUGUGGGCACGGAGCGCACCUUCAACGAGAUUGGCAGCAAGGAGGAGUUCCGGGAGAAGCUGUGGUCGAUCUCGCAGGAGCUGGAGAAGGAUCUGGCAUUGACACAGUUCAAGGGGCGCACUCUGGUGCUCAAAGUCAAGCUGGCCACCUUCGAGGUUCUCUCACGCCAAUGCCAGCCCCCGCGCGCUGUGUGCGUCGCCAAAGAUCUCUAUUCGUUCGCUCUACCCAUGCUAGAAAAGCUGGAGAAGGAGCAGCCGCAGUUGAAGCUCCGGCUGCUCGGACUUCGGUGCACCAACCUGGUCAGUACCAAGAAGGGGGGAAUCGACUUCUUCGGCUGGGCCACUCGAUCCAAACCGGCCGAACCCAAAGGCGACGAGGCCGAUGUCACGGAGCAAGAAAUCAACACCGAGGAGGCCUUCGAACGAGCGGCUCAUCAGGAGCGGCAGGACGAGAUGAACGAGCUGGAGCAGCUCAGUCAGGAAGUCUCCGACCCGACCAACGAGACGGACGAUGUCGGACCUGCUGACGCACCCGAACCGGAUUCCUGGGAGUGUCCGAUUUGCUCGCGACCUCAAGCGGCAGAUGAUCGGGUGUUCAACGACCACGUCGACUACUGUCUGUCUCGGGGGACCAUCAAGGAGGCGGUCCAAGGGGCGCAGGAGCCGGUUUCCAGGGUGCAGCCACGCAAGAGGAAGGCGACGGGCGAGGAUCCGCGGCAGAAGCGGUUAUUUGUGUAUAAUUUCAGAUAA